GUCAAUCUCUUGCAUUGAAAACUGUUUGACAUUUUCUUCCUGCUGAUUAUUCCAAUCCACUUCCUACCAGUUGGACUUUCUAUAAUAAUCUCCAAUCCCAUUUAAUACCCACCGCCGCGUGCCACCACCGUCCCUCGCCGUCUCCUCCGCCACAUUGUUCCUCACGCGCAUCAAAUGGCGUGAAACGUUUCACCCCGCAAGACCAAAAGUCUCCAACAAAAGAACAUUUCUCACCAAACUGAAGAGAAAGUGUAUUGUUUCUUCAAAUCUCUUCUUCUCCCUCUAACAAAUUCUUUCUCUUUCUCUCACUAGAGACACUCCCGUUAAUGGAGAACUCGAGAAAAAGUCAAGUAAACGAAAACCCAUCUCUAAUGUCUCCUCCCAGUUCGAGCAGCUCCGUCAGCGGCAAUGGCGGCGGCCAGAACCUUCCGUCGCCGCCGGCGGUUCCGCCCAUUACCAGAUCCGAACCCAGUAACCUGUACCCGACUACCUUCGUCCAGGCUGACACAUCCUCCUUCAAGCAAGUGGUCCAAAUGCUCACCGGACACUCCGAAACGGGUAAAGUCGCGGGUUCAGCCAGGCCCGAACCUACCCGUAACCCAAUCCCGGUCGUCAAAACCGGACCUAAGAAGGAAAAAUCCGGGUCGAAGCUUUAUGAGCGGAGAAACAGCCUUAAGAACUUCAAAAUCAACCCGUUACCAGCAGGGUUCUCAGCCAAAUCCGGGUUUGGAGCAGGGCUAUCGGGCUCUCCCAGAUUCGGGACUUCCGAGCUUCUGUCGCCGAGCAUGCUUGAUUUUCCAUCGCUGGUGCUGAGCCCGGUGACGCCUCUGAUACCCGACCCGUUUAACAGGUCCCCGCAAAACACGGCGAGUCCAGAGAAUUUGAACAUGGAAGCGGAAGAGAAGGCAAUAGCGAGAAAAGGGUUUUAUUUUCAUCCGUCUCCGGCGACUACUCCGAGGGAUAUGGAGCCCCGGCUGCUCCCUCUGUUUCCGGUGACCUCCCCUAGAGUUUCAGGUUCUGCAAAUUCGAAUUCUUGAACGAACUUUUUUGUUGUUUACUUAAUUUUUUAGGCCAAUUUCAAUUUACUGUAUUAUUAUAAUCUUAAUCACAUGUAAACUGCACAUGUAUGUGAGAAUUGGAUUUAAUGAGCCAAGAAUGUUAUGAUAUUAUUAUUGUUAUUACAGGGAAACUCUGAACUGGUUUGGUGAUAUCAAAAAAUGAAUUUUUGUUUAAGUUUGAUGGUUU